UAGCACCCGACGACAAGACCGGCGGCGAAGACAACAUGGCCGAACAAAAGACUGCCCCCACCAACCCCAUGAAGGAGAUCAAGAUCGACAAGCUCGUCCUCAAUAUCUCCGUCGGCGAGUCCGGUGAUCGUCUGACCCGUGCCUCCAAGGUUUUGGAGCAGCUCACCGGUCAGACCCCCGUUACCUCCAAGGCUCGUUACACCGUCCGGACGUUCGGCAUCCGUCGUAACGAAAAGAUCGCCUGCCACGUCACCAUCCGUGGCCCCAAGGCUGAGGAGAUUCUUGAGCGCGGCCUCAAGGUCAAGGAGUACGAACUUCGCCGCAAGAACUUCUCCGAGACCGGCAACUUCGGUUUCGGCAUCCAAGAGCACAUCGAUCUUGGUGCCCGGUACGACCCUGGUAUCGGUAUUUUCGGAAUGGAUUUCUACGUCGUCAUGACACGGCCAGGUGCUCGGGUAGCAAGGAGGAAACAGAAGAAGGCUCGUGUUGGCUCGCAGCAUCGGGUGAAGAAGGAGGACACCAUGGCAUGGUUCAAACAGCGGUUCGAUGGUAUCAUCCUCAAAUAAGCUGCUCCCUCCUUUUCUUUGCUUUGUAUGAUGCUAGUCUUUCGCUAUGAUAAUCCCACGCCAUAUGCCCACCGCACGCACACAACUUCCUGCGCAGGGGUUCGAGUCUGUUCCUCCUAUCGGGUACGCUGUGAAAACGAA